GCAUAUGGAAGAGGUACAAAAGAUGGCGGAUUAUGCGAGGAACCUAUUGAACAAACAGAUGGAUCUGCUGGAAAAGCUCGAGUCGAUUGAUGCCAUUCAACAACUCGGGUUACGGUACCAUUUCGAGAGAGAGAUCAAGCACGCGUUGAACUCCCUUUAUGAAAGUGCUGCUACCGGUCGGCCUCAAUAUGAUGAUCUACACAGCACAGCUCUUCGAUUUAGAAUCUUCAGGCAACACUACUACUAUGAAGUACCGCAAGAUGUAUUUCGGAAGUUCAUAGACGAGACUGGUAAUUUUCGGGCAACAUUGACUGAUGAUGUUAAAGGAUUGCUGAGUCUGUAUGAAGCUUCUUUUCAUGGAUUCAAAGGCGAAGAUAUUUUCUUUGAUUCCCUGUAAUAAUAUUUAAUUUAAUUUUUCUUUUUAUGUUUUUGGAUAACCAUGUCUAAAUCUAAAUCAUUUCGAUUUAAUAGAGCAUUGUGUAAUUAUAAAAGAAGACAGAUUCUCUGAUUUUUCAGCAGGCAAAGAAACAAAUUCUCGAUG